CCAAAGCUCCUCCCGCGACCGAAGCUGCCCAGCAUCGCACGCCUCGUCUUCUUCUCAUUUCACCUCAAAAACGUCGCCGAGUCAAUCACUCUGCUUUUCGAACCGCACAAUUGGCUGCAAUCUCUCCCCGUUCAUACUCCUCCAUUUUUGCGAAUCGAUUGGCUUUCCAACCCAACAAUCGUCAUUGAUACUGAACGAUUUCGACUGGCGCAAGCCAACGAUCCACGCCAUCCGAGCGCGCAAACGCCUCGACCGUCACCCGAUAUCUUCCAAAUCAAAUCCCUCCAUCAUGGCUCGAUUGGCCGAAUCUCCCGCACCGUCUAAUGGCACCCAGUCGGUCAAGAAAGCUCAGACCACGAAGAACGGCGCAUUCAAUACCUUCCUCUCAUCACCUGGUAAACCCUCCGGUUCACAGUCGCCGCAUCCGAAUAAGCGCAUCAAGAGCCUUGCGCCUACUGGAACUCCCCGUUCGGAUGCUUCGCGAUCCCGUUCGCCGCCUUCGCAAAAUCCUUCUCACCGUCUGCCAGUGAGCCCUUCCCCGCGCAAGGCUUUGAGCGAUACCGCCGACGACGUGGAUACUGCCGACCGUAGCACGCCCGCCGAUACCGUUACUGCCGCUGCUCCCAUCGAGACCCCAGAGCCGACCUCGUCCACUGCCCCAGUCACUGCCAUGGAGGCUACUCCCGACGCUGAAGCCUCCGGUUCUACACCGGAACCUAGUGCGCCCCGGACUGGCGUUGUGUCCUCCGUUCGCAAGACACUUUCCAGCGUGGUCAACAACAUAACUGGGCAGCGCACUGGCACAACAACUGUCACAUCAUCUUUCGAACAGACCAUUGUGAGCCGCAAGCGGACCAGAGAACCCGAUGUAGAGGAGAGCCCGACUUCCGUCGAUAAGGAGGCCGACGAAGAAAUCGAGGCUGCCAAUGGCACUGAAGGCAACACCACUAUCCAGCUCGGAAAUCAGUUCGAAGCUGAAGUUGAGGCCGAGGAGAUUCGCGCAAAGAGCCCCGUCAAGGAGGCAGUUCAAGUGGCUUCUCCUGCCGCAGAGGAUGCUGAGAUCAACGUUGCCACGUCUACUGACAACGCCGACACUGUGGAGGCUGCUCCUACCGAGAAUGCCGCUUCGAAUGCUGCGGACAACGAGGACGUGGAGAUGGACGAUCCCAAGAACGGCAUUUUCGUAUUCGACAAGAUCCUUGGACACCGCCGUGACCCUAACGACAAGACCCUCUUCCAAAUGCACAUCAAUUGGAAGCACGACGAUCCCACGUGGGAAACUGAACAGACCAUUCACGAGGAUGCCGAGGAAGCACUCUUUGCCUACUGGGACAGCCUCAAGGGUGGCAGGCUAGGUGCCAUGGUCGACAAGAACCUAUGGCACGCCCUCAGGGUCGAGAAGCACAAGCAAAAGCCUUCUGGCGCAGUCCAGCUCUACGUUUGCUGGAUUGGUUCGCCUGAGCGAUCAUGGGAGCCCGAGAAGCAGGUUGAAGUGUAUGCUCGCCAGCAUGUUGAGAACUAUUGGAAGUCCAAGGGCGGACGCGAGAAGUGCAUCAAGGCCGUCGCCAUGCCUGUCAAGAAAGGACGCGGCCGCCCUCGCAAGAACAAUGCUGCCGAGUCAGAUGUCGAGAUUGAGGUCUUGAAGGAGGCUACCAAGGAGCCCAAGCCGAGAGCUAGACCCGGACGUAAGCAGAAGCGUGAAGAAGUCGAAGCCGAGGAGCCACAGCCUGAGAAGGCGGAAGAAGUAGCCGUUGCAGAUGACAAGCCUGAGCCUGCUGCCAAGGAGCAGUCUGAGGCAGACGAAGAGCCUCCCAAGAAGCGUGGCCGCGGCCGUCCUCGCAAGUCUCUUGUAUGAAGACGUGGUAACGACGAUGGAUCCUCGUGGUAUAUUUGUGAUGGCGGAUGCUAGAUACAACAGCUCAACAGCAAGAUCGUGGUGAAAGCGACAAAGCUGAGACUUGCUUCGAAAAAGAGAUAUCUGAGAUGGGAGAGUUGGGCUGGACAAUUUUGAGGAUUUGUUAUGUAUUAUACGCCGUGCUCUUUUAUUUGCUCGUAGCUAUGACGGUUCUCACCUGGUAUCAAUGGAACGAUUUGACUUCAAAGUACGUAUUGAUUCAACUGGGCUUUGCCGGCAUGAUGGACGGAUGGUCUGGGCUAUGGGGGAGAAGAUUCUCUUUAGAAAACUAGGGGAGAUUUCCAAUAACAGAUAACACCGGCCAUCCGUUAAUUCCUCUCCUAAGAAUGAGACC